GCGGCACCCCGUCCGUCGGCCUCCGCUGAGCCCCACCCCUACCAGUGCGUGCUAAUACGAGCAGUCGCUAUAUAAGGCCGCUGGGCACUCCGCGUCUGAGAGCUGAAGCCACAAAGCCCAGUAGCCCACCGUAGCUUCCAGUAAAGCUCGAGUGGCGACGGCCACAGAGGGCUCGUCGACCAUUGCCACUGCGAGAGAAUGGCGACAAGCAUGCGUUGGAUAGCGCUCUUCUUGCUGGUCGCCGUGUCUGCUCUGGCCGUUUCUGCCGUCAUCGAGGAUGGCCUCUUACCCAACGGGGACUUCAGAAACGGGCCAGACAAGUCCCAGAUGAAUGGCCCUGUGGUGGCGGGGAAGUACGCGAUACCGAACUGGGAGCUCUCGGGGUUCGUGGAGUACAUCGAGUCGGGGCACACGCAGGACGACAUGAUCCUCCCGGUUCCGGUGGGCGCGAACGCCGUGCGGCUGGGCAACGACGCCACCAUCCGGCAGCAGCUCAAGGUCGCCCGCCACACCUACUACUCCAUCUCCUUCAUCGCCGCGCGGUCAUGCGCCCAGGAGGAGAAGCUCAACGUGUCGGUCGACCCGGAGUUCGGCAUGAUCCCGAUCCAGACCGUGUACACCAACACCGGCUGGGACACCUACUCCUGGGCGUUCAAGCCCAGGCACAGCACCGUGUGGCUCUCCAUCCACAACACCGGCAUCGAGGAGAACCCGGCGUGCGGCCCUCUCAUCAUCGCCGUCGCCAUCAAGACCCUCUACCCUCAGCUGUACAACAAGGGCAACAUGGUGAAGAACGGGGACUUCGAGCAGGGGCCAUACAUCUUCUCGAACACUCCGUGGGGCGUGCUGGUGCCCCCGAUCUUCGAGGACGUGCACUCGCCGCUCCCGGGGUGGAUGAUCAUGUCGGACACCAAGGUGGUCAAGUACAUCGACGCGCAGCACCACGCGGUGCCCAAGGGCGCGCGCGCCGUGGAGCUGGUGGCCGGCGUGGAGGUGGCGCUGGUGCAGGAGGUGCCGGGCACCGUGCCCGGGCGGUCGUACAGGCUCUCGUUCAGCAUCGGGGACGCGCGCAACGGGUGCGUCGGGUCCCUGGGCGUGGAUGUGUACGCGGCGAGGGAGAAGCUGAGGGUCUCGUACGAGUCCCGCGGCACCGGCGGGCACAAGUGCGCCAAGCUCGAGUUCACGGCGAUCGCGGACAAGACGCGCGUGGUGUUCCAGAGCUCGAACCACCACACCGUCAACGCCACGCUCUGCGGGCCCGUCGUUGACGACGUCUGGCUCGUCAGGAUCAAGUAGCUAGCUUCGAGCGUACGUACGUGUUAGCAUGUUACCUGGCUGUGUGCGGCCUGCCAGUACCUGUAUACCCGAUAUGGGGCUGCCUGGCCAUUUUCUUCGGUCGAUCGUAAUGGUUUCUGGGCUUACUACCUUGUCUACUGCCUUAAUUUGAAGGAUGAUGCUUGGUUUGUGUGGCUGGACUGAGACUUGAGCUAGACAUUGAGGAAGUGUGUGACGGGAUAAAAUUAGUAACAGUUGCAUUUCCUACAAUAAUCCCCUUUUUUUAUUGAUUUAA